AUGGCCUCCACCGCCUCCCCUCUGCUGCCCACCACCAAGGUCGCCAGUUCUGAGAACAGCAGCUCUUUCUAUGACUAUGAUUACUACCUGGACCAGGUGACCUUCAUGCUCUGCAGGAAGGACGAGGUGCUGGCCUUUGGCAGGAUCUUCCUGCCAAUCUUCUACAGCCUGAUCUUUGUGCUGGGUUUGGGCGGGAACCUCCUUCUUCUAGUGGUCUUGCUUCGGUAUAUACCUCGCAGGCGGAUGACUGAGGUCUAUCUGCUGAACCUGGCCAUCUCCAACCUCCUGUUUGUGGUGACACUGCCUUUCUGGGGCAUUUCUGUGGCCUGGCAUUGGGUCUUUGGGAGUUUCUUGUGCAAGAUGGUGAGCACCCUCUAUACCAUCAACUUCUACAGUGGCAUCUUCUUCAUUAGCUGCAUGAGCCUGGACAAGUACCUGGAGAUCGUCCACACUCAGCCCCAUCACAGGCUGAGAACCCGGGCGAAAAGCCUGCUCCUGGCUGCCAUAGUAUGGGCUGUGGCCCUGGCUGUCUCCAUCCCUGACAUGGUCUUUGUGCAGACACAUGAAAACCCCACAGGUGUGUGGAACUGCUAUGCAGAUUUUGGGGGUCAUGCGACCAUCUGGAAGCUCUUCCUCCGUUUCCAGCAGAACCUCCUGGGGUUUCUCCUUCCACUCCUUGUCAUGGUCUUUUUCUACUCCCGCAUUGGCUGUGUGCUGGUCAGGCUGAGGCCCCCGGGCCAGGGCCGGGCUCUAAGGAUAGUCGUAGCCCUGGUGGUAGCCUUCUUUGUGCUGUGGUUCCCGUACAACCUCACCUUGUUUCUGCACUCACUGCUGGACCUGCAAGUCUUUGGGGAAUGCAAGGUUACCAAGCACCUGGACUAUGCACUGCAGGUGACAGAGAGCAUCGCCUUCCUUCACUGCUGCUUCACCCCCAUUCUCUAUGCUUUCUCCAGCCGCCACUUCCGCCAGUACCUGAAGGCUUUCCUCGUCACUGUGCUCAGGCGGCCCCAGGCACCUGGCCGUGCACAGGCCCCUCUGUCCAGCAGCUCUGAGAGUAGCAGGCUCACUGCCCAAGAAGAAAUGACUGGCAUGCAUGACCUCAGGGAGAGGCAGGCUGAGCGCUCACCCAACAAGGGUGAUAUGGGGGAAAAUCAAGCCUAA